UCUUAUAAUAAAUCUCUAUAAUUGAUCUUUUUUUUUCCCGUCUGUGUAAUCAAAAUUGCCUCUGCAUCUGCGAAUUUGAAAACACUCCUCGUGUGUUUGAUACUCUUGUGCACACGAUAUCUUCUGCUCCUUCGAUUUUCCCCCGAAUCUAUUGGGUUCAGGCUGUCCGAAAGUUGAACUCGCUGCACUUUGCUCGAUUCGUCGAGCAAAUUUAUAUAUAGAAGAAGAGAGAUACAGAGCAUUUCUAGCAAUGGAUACGAAUCUCGUGGAAAUGUUUAACGCCGCUUUAACUUGGGUUAAAAUGAUUCUGAAUGUUCCUUCAGCUAGAGUUGUUUUGUUCGGUGUCCCCAUCCAAGGGCACAUCUUCUUGGAAGUGUUGUUGGGUUUUGUAAUUGUCGUCCUCCUCUCUCAAAAGAGUUACAAACCCCCCAAGCGACCAUUAACCGAGCAGGAAAUAGAUGAGCUAUGUGAUGAAUGGGUUCCUGAACCUCUUAUACCACCAAUUACAGAAGACAUGAAGCAUGAGCCACCAGUUCUUGAAAGUGCUGCUGGACCGCAUACAACGGUUAAUGGAAAAGACGUGGUGAAUUUUGCCUCAGCUAAUUAUCUUGGACUCAUUGGGCACGAGAAGUUGCUGGAAUCAUGUACUUCUGCGUUGGAAAAAUAUGGUGUCGGUUCUUGUGGCCCUCGUGGAUUUUAUGGCACUAUUGAUGUCCACCUUGAUUGCGAAACCAGAAUAUCAAAAUUUUUGGGUACGCCUGAUACAAUCCUCUACUCUUAUGGACUUUCCACGAUGUUCAGCACAAUUCCUUGUUUCUGUAAAAAAGGCGAUAUCAUUGUUGCCGACGAGGGUGUUCACUGGGGAAUACAAAAUGGACUUCAGCUUUCCAGAAGUACAAUCGUGUACUUCAAGCACAAUGAUAUGGACUCUCUUCGUAGUACCCUCGAGAAAAUCAUGACAAAGAACAAGCGCUCAAAGAACUUGAGGCGUUACAUUGUAGCUGAAGCUGUAUACCAGAACUCUGGCCAAAUCGCCCCUCUGGAUGAGAUAGUGAAACUAAAAGAGAAGUAUCGUUUUCGUGUUAUAUUGGAUGAAAGCAACUCAUUUGGUGUGCUUGGCAGUUCUGGGAGAGGUCUUGCAGAGCAUCACGGUGUCCCUAUUGAGAAGAUAGAUGUUGUGACUGCUGCAAUGGGCCAUGCAUUAGCCACAGAGGGUGGAUUUUGCACUGGGAAUGCCCGCAUCAUCGAUUACCAGAGACUGAGCAGCUCAGGAUAUGUGUUCUCUGCUUCUUUGCCACCGUACCUUGCAAGCGCUGCUAUCACGGCCAUCGAUGUCAUCGAUCUAAACCCAGAUAUGUUAGUUAAGCUGAAGCAAAACAUUGCUCUGUUAUGGAAAGGAUUGUCUGAUAUCAAGGGGAUGUCGCUAGCAAGCAACCCGGAAUCACCUAUCGUUUUCUUAAAAUUAGAGAAAUCGAGUAGUUCAACUAAAAACGAUUUACUUCUACUGGAGGAAAUGGCUGAUCGUGCUCUGAAGGAAGACUCGGUGUUGGUUGUGAGUUCUAAAAGAUCGUUCCUUGAUAAAUGUCGGUUACCUGUGGGGAUCAAACUGUUCGUUUCAGCGGGACACUCAGAUUCUGAUCUUCUUAAAGUAUCUGAGUCACUAAAGAGACUCGCUACAGAGAUUCUACUCAAGUCCUGAAUCACCACCACACUCAUCCCGAGAGUUUUAUAGUUUAAAAAGUUGAUGACAACACAAAUUUACUUUGAUCGUUACCAUAAUUUUUGGAAAAAAAAAUGGAUAUCCAGAAUGCUAUUUUGCCUCUAAAUUUCUGUAAUAAUGAGUUUUGGUUCAUAAUUUAACCGUAAUAACAAGAGAUAUAUAUUUUGUAUGGGUCAAAGAAUUAAUAUGUAAAUAGUCCAAAAUGCGGAAAAUACUAUUCAAUCUGAAGCCCAAAAUUUU